AUGGCGAUUGUGACUGAGUGGUGUGAAGGGUCUUCUCUUUAUAAAAGUCUUCACGUCGAAGAACUUAUUUUUGAACCUUUUACUAUCCUUUACAUUGCUCGUCAACUCGCAGAAGGAAUGGCUUAUCUGCAUUCUAAAUCAAUCAUUCAUUGUGAUCUCAAAUCUAACAGUUUUGUCGAAAAUGAUUAUGAAGAUGUGUUUAUGGAUGUGGGAGUCAUCAAAAUCGGGGACUUUGGACUGUCUGCGGUUCGGACAAUUGUUGAGACAAAUUCUUCAAAAAAACCGAGACUUGUUGGAUAUUCAGCCCCAAUCUAUGUCGACAUGACCAAAACAUGUUACCAGGAUGACGUGGAGAUUAGUACGAGUACCCACACCAAGGUCUUCAUUGGAAGAGUACCAAUUAUGCUCCGUUCUGCUUACUGUCUACUCAAUAACCUAUCGGCGAGGGAUCUAAUCGAUUUAAAAGAGUGCCCCCUUGACCCAGUUUAUGUGUUUCAGCAAAAGGAUUCCAAAUACAGUUAUAAAGCGGAGGUGAGGUGUGCGGUGGAAAACUCUAACCGCCCCACGUCAACGUUGUGGGUGAACAUGCUAGCCAGAGGGGGGCAGGGGACUAAAAAAAGUGUGAUUGGUCAACGAAUAAUGGCCACUCUUCCAUAUGUCAAACAGGAGAUCCCAAUCAUGGUAGUCUUCCGUGCACUGGGAUUUGUUUCUGACCGAGAUAUACUGGAACAUAUCAUCUAUGACUUUGAUGACCCCGAAAUGAUGGAAAUGGUUGUUUUUGCCUUAAAAGUGCAGCUCAAACCAUCUUUGGACGAGGCCUUUGUCAUUCAACAUCAGAACGUGGCUCUCAACUUUAUCGGGACUCGUGGAGCACGUCCGGGAGUCACUAAAGAGAAAAGAAUUAAGUACGCCCGGGACAUACUUCAAAAGGAGGUUCUUCCACAUGCAGGCACAUCUGAGUUUUGUGAGACCAAAAAAGCAUAUUUUUUGGGGUUUGCUGAUAGGAGGUGA